UAUUUUCAGAAGUUUAGGUUGUCGAAAUUGUAGAAAAGUAUACACAAAACAAAUUACAUGUUAUGUAGUUAUUCCGCUUUGAUUGCGGUCUUGGUUUUUAAUAUAUGCUACAACAAAAGUACGGAUUAAGACUUAUUUAAAAAAAUGGCUGACGAUCCUACUAUGGGAGAAGAAUGCACGGUCGAAACGAAUGUGGAUACGUUAAAGAACACAGAAGAUGUAUUUUCAAUCCCAGUGUCUUCACUUACCUGUGAAAAUGUGGAGAGUAUGGCCAUGUCAGUAUGGAAAGAUCUAGAAGUUCUCCAGCCAUCAGUAGAAGGUACACUUCAAGGGAUGGCAUCUAAACUUGUAAAAAUGUUUGAAAUACUGGACUCCCUUGUAAAAAAUCAACAGUCCAGCACUUCAAACACAACAUUUCAAAAUCCUUCGGUUAAAAAACUUCAACUUGAAAUGAAGUUGAGUGAAGAGAAGCAUGAAGAGGAACUGGAUGCAAUCAAAGCUGCUUGGAAGGAAGAUAUAAAUGACUGGAAAGAAUCAUUGGAGCUUGUACAGGAGGAUAACCAAAGGUUGGCAUUAAUGCUUUCCGAAAAAUUGGAGGUAUGCAUAGAUACUUCAUCUCCACAUAGGGAUAAUGAAACUGAUGACUUGGUUCAACCAACUACAGAACGAAAUGAGUUGAAUGAAUUUCCUGUACCUUUUCAACCUACCAUGUUUGACCAGAAUUUUCAAGCAACUGAAACUGAGGAUGAAAAAAGUUCAAACCUUUCCCCACUUCAUUCAAUGGAAGACACCUCAGAGUUCAAUGGGUUAGAUCCAUUUUUAUAUUACCCGGAUAAUGGUUACACUUUUGAGGAGUAUUUUGCUGAGCCUACUUUUAACAAAAAGGAACGAAAAAUGGAACGAGUGAAUCAUAAAUUAAAGUUUGUUGCAGUUCCUGGAAAAACCAUUUACCACAAGGAAAAGCUGCAUGACAACCAGGGAUAUUCCUAUAAGGUUAAAAAGGUUUCUGCCAAAGGAACAGUAAAGUGGAAAUGUACUUCCAAAGUGACUAAGUGUAAAGCUAGUGUGAAGGAAAAAAGAGGAAUGUACAAGUUAGGCCACUGUGAACAUAAUCAUAAAGCUGUACCAAAGAAUAAACAAGCAGUAAUUGCACAAAUCAAGGAAAAUCAAGUUAAAAAGGCUAAACGAAGAAAACGUAUCAGAAAAUUGGAGAAGAUGCAAAAAACUUUGGAUCCAGAAGUUUUUUCACAUCUUGGACUUUCAGAACCUGAAGUUAGUGAUUAUACAUUAGAACCUGUGGAUUUAAAACCAAUAAAGCAUAAACUUCUGAAGCAAAGAAGGAACAGAAGGAUAGACACAACAGUUACAAGAAUCAGCAUGCCGCAUAGUUAUCCAUUGCAAACUUCAAAAAUGGAAAACGAAAAUGCGAUAAACUCUUUAAACUCCGCACAGGUUCGUGGAGCCAAGUCAGUUAGGCUUACUCCAGAGGAAUUCUUAAAAUCAAGGCGGGAAUAUUGGUCACAACAUGGAACUGACCUCCCUGAAGAAAGUGAGGUUGAUGAAAUACAAUAUACGGUCAUCGAAGGUGGCUCUAGUAGGGGCAGUGAUAAACUUUUUGACAGUCUCGGACACUCUUACAAUGGUGGGGCUAUUUAUUCUACAAGGGGUUCAGCCACAAGACAUUGGAGGUGCUCAGUGAGGAACAAAAAGACUUAUUGUCACGCUAGUGUUACUGAGAGGUCCGGUGUAUUUAUGAGAGGCAACCGACCUCAUAACCAUAAACCCCGGCCCGGUCACGAUAUUUUGUCAGUGAUAAUGUUCACUUCAAAGCAGGCUGGCUGUGAGCAUUUAAACAUCCCAGCAUCUUCAAUAGCUCGCGAUAUAGUGGGGACUUAUUUACCUGAAGAUCACGGUUUCCAAGUUAAAAUGGAACGUAUCGAACGCAGGAUAAACAAAUACCGGCAAAAUUUGCGUCGGCCAACUAAAUCUAAAGUUAAAACUGAAAUGAAAAUGGAGCCAGAAAUGACUUUUGAAACAUUAAUUAAUAACAACAGGGGUAUUACAGUUGAAACUAUAAUUCAUAACGAUUCAGAACUUUGUGCAGAUGAUGUUUUAACUGAACCUGGAAUUAAUAUAGAAAUACAUUAAUUAGAAGAUGCAGUUUUUAACAUUAUAUUUAAAAAAUACAUUUUCGGAGAAGAUUAAUUAAUGCAACCCAGUGUUUCUGAACCACUGGAUUGCAACCAAAGGCAGAGGGUCAAUCACUUUGUUUGGUCACUCACUAAUAUUUUACAAAAUUGUUUGAUGGAUUUUAAAAGUUAACAAACAGCAUAUAUUUAACUCAAACACUUUCACUGUUUUUUUAUGAGUUAAUAAGAAAUCCUGGCUUAAAAACUGCCUCAUAUGUAAAUAAAGUCUAUUUUAUUAUACAAGAAAAUUCCUUUUGUUUGUUCCAUGUAAUUGGCAACCACAUUUGGUUGCUCGAAUUAAUAAAUUUAUGAUCAGUUUCA